CUUCAAGCCACAACGGCAGACUUCUCGAAACAGAAUGGAGCAUCGAUAGCUACAGAGGACAGACGCCAGGAUGCCAACACGCUUCAACAUCAAUCUGCCGCCCUUGACCCGUAUACUGUUUCUAGCCAACCUCGCCUUCUCCGUCUUGAACGCUAUCCUACGCUUCCGCUCUUGGACAGCAUCUUUGCCAUCAGUGCCUGCAAGCCAGCUCGCACAACAGCCAGCCAACUACUUGUCAGAUCCAAGAUGGGCGGUUCCAUUCCUUGCUCUUGUGCCGAUCAGAUCGAUUCGCUACCCCUGGACUUUCGCUACAGCAGCCGUUAUCGAGAACAAUGUUGUCAGCCUUGCCAUCAGCGCGAGCGUCAUCUGGUUCGGCGGACGGUAUCUAGAACGAGCAUGGGGCGGCACUGAGUUUGCGAAGUUCUUGCUGGUAGCUUGCACGAUACCCAAUCUGCUCACUUUCUGCGUCUAUGCUAUAUGGCAUGCCUCUGUUCGUACGCCUGAUUUCCCAACACCGAUACAAGGCCUGUUAGCACUUGAAGCGGGCUUUCUUGUUUCGCUCAAACAGCUAGUGCCCGAGCAUACCGUCUCCCUGUUCCGCAAUACUGUUCGUGUUCGGAUAAAGCACUUCCCAGCAAUCUUCACACUGGCCAACAUCGUUUCCGGACCUCUCCUCGGGACUUGGACGGCACUAUGGCUUAGCUUAUUUGGCUUCCUAACCAGCUGGAUUUACCUUCGCUUUUACCGCAUCACGGAGCUCACGAGCACCGCAACAGGUGAAAGCGCGAAGAUGCGUGGCGAUGCGAGCGACACCUUCUCGUUCGUCGCGUUCUUUCCAGAUGGGAUGCAUCCGUUCUUAGCGCCUCUGUGCGACAGCAUCUACGCUCUCCUGGUGCAGCUGAAUGUAUGCACGCCGUUCUCUGAGGACGCCAUUGAUGCCGGGAACGAAAACGUGGCAGCACGGUCUGAGGGAGGUCUACCAAGUAUCAUGAACCAUAGUAGCGCAGGCAGUGGCGGCAGACGAGCGGAAGCGGAACGCAGACGAGCCUUGGCGCUGAAAGCGCUUGAUCAAAGGCUCAACGCCGCGGCUGCGAAUCGAGCAGGCAGUGCACCAGUCGCCAGCGCUGCACUGGUGACGGCAAGCGACACUGUGCCGGAUGCUGCCGUUGGCGCUUCUGCGGAGCCGUCGCAAUCGCCCGUUGCAGUGAAAGAAGCGCAGGCAUAAUCUUCGUCUUCUGCAUGACUUUAGCGUGGCGUUCAAAAUGUGGCACGUCUGACACGGUCUUGACUUUGACUUCGUGGCACCAUUGUGCCUUACCAUACGUUGAUUUGCAUACGCUCAUUGCAUCUACAUACACAGCGCGGCAUUAUCGUUCGCCGUUGCGCUGUCUUCGUAGACAUCUCGCUUGGUCUAGGUCUGCCGAUCGUACCUAACGCCCGUCGACCACUCUGUCAUUUUUAUUGUAUUCAUCGUCGUUGUCAUGUCUGGAAUCAUCGUUGUCAUGUCUGUCAUCAUUGACAUUUCUGUCGUCGCUAUCGUCGCUAUCGCUGCUGUCGUCGCUGCCAUCGCCAUCGUCGCUAUAGUCGGCGUCAUUA